GGGUCAUGGAGGAAGAGCGGAGCUUCUCCGAUAUUUGCGGCGGCCGCCUGGCACUGCAGCGCCGCUACUACUCCCCGUCCUGCCGGGAAUUCUGCCUCAGCUGCCCUCGGCUCUCGCUGCGUUCGCUCACCGCUGUCACCUGCACUGUGUGGCUGGCGGCCUACGGCCUCUUCACACUCUGUGAGAACAGCAUGAUCCUCUCUGCUGCCAUCUUCAUCACCCUCUUAGGCCUGCUUGGUUACCUCCAUUUUGUGAAGAUUGAUCAAGAGACUCUGCUAAUCAUUGAUUCCCUUGGCAUCCAGAUGACAUCAUCCUAUGCUUCAGGCAAAGAAAGCACUACCUUUAUAGAGAUGGGCAAGGUCAAGGAUGUUGUCAUUAAUGAGGCUAUUUACAUGCAGAAAGUGAUUUACUACCUCUGCAUUUUAUUGAAGGAUCCAGUGGAACCACAUGGGAUAUCCCAAGUAGUACCUGUCUUCCAGAGUUCCAAGCCCCGGCUGGACUGCUUGAUUGAAGUGUAUAGGAGCUGCCAGGAGAUCCUGGCACAUCAGAAAACCACGUCAACAAGUCCGUGAGUCCCAGCAUUCAAAAAGCCAGUACUGACUUCUGUGGGAGAUAACUGCUAAGCCAUAGUGGCUGGCUUAUUUGUGUACUCUGAACCGUCUGGUAGACACAGCUCGGGGAACUAUAUGGCUAUAGUGGAUCUCAGAGGCAUAGAGCAGGUGACUGGAACUCUAACUCGAUGUAUUUCUUUGUAUCAUAGUGGUCCCCUUGAAGGUUUUUCCUACUUUACCAACAGAGGAGAGACCUUAAGAAUUUUACGUGAUAUAUCUAAUGUUGGCAAAGAGCACUUUGUGAAAUUCCUAAGCAUAUUCAGGUUUACUUUGUGUUGAUAUUUGUUGAACAAGACAGUGGGAAACUGAUAUCAAAUUCUUGAGAAAGGUGUAAUUUUCAAUUGCAUAGUACCCUUGUAUAAAGUUAAAGAAAAAAAAUGUCAAAUCCUUCAGGUAAUGGUUAGCAGGAAGAAAUAUCCUGCACAAGAGUAGUCUCUGUCCAUCUAGCUCCUGUGUUCUGUACAGGGUUAAUUUAUGAUGACUCUCUUUAAUAAACAGAUCUCCUUCCAAAACACAAAAUAAUUACCUGGUUCACAGGUGCUUUUUAUUGACAAACAAGAUCAUGGCAUUUCAGUCAUGGGUUCAGGCACAUUAAUACCUUUCUGUUAAUCAGCAUUUUCUAUUGUUUCAAAAGCUGCUUUGCCAAGAGGGAUGAGACAAAAGGCCAGACAGAUUAACUUUGGUUUUCAGACAUGGGACUUCCAUGUUAAAGAAGGAUAAAUAAAUAAA